UUGGUAGCAGCCAGUAACGGGACUGCUGUGGGAGCUGAGCUGUUUAUCCCGGGCUGCUUUGUUGACUUUAAUAAACCCAGUAAUACCAGAACAGUGCUGGUGCGGGUCGCGGUGCCGUAUUAGGUAGGGAUUAUAGAUUAGAUUGGGAUUAUAGGUUGGGACAGAAUGGAGUCUUUGAGGCACCCGCAGCGGCUGCAGCCCGGGGUCGCGGUGGGAUACGGAACGAUCCCGACUAUCCGAUCAUCGUCUCUGCGGCCCGGGGUUACAGGAACCCUGCCGAGCUCCGGGCCUCCGCCUCCCCUACCACCUCUGCACACCCUCAGCGCAGGCUUCAUCAACCACGCCGGCCUCGGGCUGCCCGAACCCAGCGCCGGCAGUCCGGGCGGCCCCAUCAAUCCAGCCGUGCUGAGAGAGGCUGUGGACGCGGUGGUGCGGAGCUUCGCCAAACACACACAGGGAUACGGACGAGUGAACGUGGUGGAGGCUCUGCAGGAGUUCUGGCAGAUGAAGCAGUCUCGAGGAGCUGAGCUGAAGAACGGAGCUCUGGUGGUGUACGAGAUGGUUCCAUCCAACAGUCCUCCAUACGUCUGCUACGUCAGUCUGCCCGGCGGAAGCUGCUUCGGUAGCUUUCAGUUCUGCCCGACCAAAGCCGAGGCCAGACGGAGCGCCGCCAAAAUCGCCCUGAUGAACUCGGUCUUUAAUGAGCACCCGUCACGCCGGAUCACCGACGAGUUCAUCGAGAAGAGCGUGUGUGAGGCGCUGGCCUCCUUCAACGGGAACCGAGAGGAAGCGGAUAAUCCCAACACGGGAAUCGGAGCGUUCCGCUUCAUGCUGGAGUCGAACAAAGGAAAAUCCAUGCUGGAGUUCCAGGAACUGAUGACGGUUUUCCAGCUGCUGCACUGGAACGGAAGCCUGAAAGCCAUGAGAGAGAGACAGUGUUCCCGCCAGGAGGUGUUGGCCCAUUACUCCCACCGCGCUCUGGACGACGACAUGCGGACCCAGAUGGCGGCGGACUGGGCGAACCGCGAGCACGGCGUGGCGGGCAGCGUGGCGAGGGAACUGGCGGCGACCGAGCGGGAGCUGGAGGACGCGCGGCUCGCCGGCCGAGAGCUCAGGUUUCACAAAGAGAAGAAGGACAUCCUCGUCAUGGCCCUCGGGCAGCUGGGCGGGUCGGGCAGCACCACCCUGCCGCUGACGUGCUGAGGGGUGCACGGCUGACCAAAAUACUCUGCAUUAUCGAAAAUAUGUGGACGCCCCUCGUAAUCGACGUGCUUCUGACCUUUCCUGUCGCAGCGUGACUGUGCACAGAGAAUCAGAAUGUCGAUUUAAAACGCAGCAAGCGCAUCCACACUCCAAAAUAUUGUGGACAGCCUUUUUUCAGAAGAGUGGAGGUCGCUGGAGUUUGUUUAAGCUUGUUUUGUGCACAGGGGAACAGUCAUGCUGGAACAGGAAAGGUGCACACUCAGAAGCAUUUCAUUUCCUUUAUAUAGUUGAUUUAUUACGCCUGUUAGCGACUGUUGUUGCUGAAACUCAGAAAUGUAAUAAAUAGAAGGGGCGUCCGGAUAUUUUUGUACAUAUAGUGUACUUGCAUUGUUUGGGUGGAUAUUGGGUUAUAAUGGAGGGGUGGGUGGUAUAAUCGUGAGGACGGUAUUAAGGGCCUUGCUCAAGAGACCAACAGUGACAGCCUGGCAGUGGUGGGGCUUAAACCAGCGACCUGAUACGACUAAACAACAGUACAGAUCCGGCAGGACAGAAAAUCAUUAUAAAUCAUUAUAAACAGCAUCAAAUUUUAAUAAAAUUCCUGUGAUUUUGUAUUUUUUUAUUCCAUUUUUAUGUUGUUUUUGUAUCUGUGUGUGUCUGAAUGAUAUAAACGAUAUUUUCAUUAUUACUCUCUAUGUACAUGAUUAGAUGUAGCGUCGCUCCUGCAGUGCUGUACCGUUGGACCAGUGUGAUUUCUACGGUGCUGCAACUUCAGAGCAUUUAUUACAUUUUUAUACGACAUUAUUCAAUUUUAUAUAACGUUACGUUUUGUUUUAUACGCCGGUUUUAUGACUGUUGUGACUCUUCAAUAUCCAGUUUGUUUGUAGAGUUAUAUUCUUGAAAUAAUAAACAACCU